UAGAAACAAAAACAGAAGAGAAAUACAUAUUUGGCGGUGAACAUCACAUUUGUUCACUAACUUCUCUAACUAAAGUCAUUUUCCAGCCAAUGUUCGAGCAACAUUUCUAAUACAGCUGUUCUCCAUCCUUAAAAGACCAAUAUUCCCCUCGCUGUGAAUUCUGGGAGCACACUAUAGUUUCAAGAUGGCAGCGAGCAGGAGGCUGGCCAAGGAACUUGAUGAGAUUCGCAAAUCUGGAAUGAAGAACUUCAGAAACAUCCAAGUUGAUGAAUCAAACCUUUUGUCAUGGCAAGGUCUCAUUGUACCAGACAACCCUCCUUAUGACAAAGGUGCAUUCAGGAUUGAAAUAAUUUUUCCAACCGAGUAUCCCUUUAAACCUCCCAAGAUCACAUUCAAGACAAAGAUCUAUCAUCCUAACAUCGAUGAGAAGGGCCAGGUUUGCUUGCCUGUCAUCAGUGCUGAGAACUGGAAGCCUGCCACCAAAACUGACCAAGUAAUUCAGGCUCUCAUUGCACUGGUGAAUGACCCACAGCCAGAACACCCCCUGAGGGCAGAUCUAGCAGAAGAAUACUCAAAGGACCGUAAAAAAUUCUUGAAGAACGCUGAAGAGUUUACGAGGAAACAUGGUGAAAAACGGCCAAUGGACUGAUCACUUGAUGAGCGUGUAGCCCCCUCGCUCUCUCCCAUCUUUCACUCCCCCUAUUCUUUCAUCUCACCUGCCUGACCAAAUACCAAUCCCACUCUUGCCUCCAUCCUCCACACACCUCACCACCUUCCUUGCCACCUCCACUAGAUCGCGCAUACCUGCAACCCUGGAGCUGCCCAGCUGAAGGCCAGUCAGUGGCAGCCUAAGCCCUGCCCCUUCCAGGACUAUCUGUGGAUCAGACAGCUUCCUCCACCCUUCAUUCUCCUCAUCUACCAUCUUUUGCUUCUCCACCUCAGACAUGACCACCCAGACCAUUUCAAACUUUCUACUCUUUUCACAUAGAUGAAAAAUAAAAAAAAGAUAAGCUAAAAAAAAGUACCACUCACCUGAAGAGUUAGAUGGAAACCCUCGGUAUCCUGUGUUCAGUUGGCUUUUCCUUUUGUUAAAAACAACUCUUGUGUUAAAUAGAUCACAUAGGAGUGCAUCUUCCUGAGGUCUUUUAUUUCAUUUUAUUACAUCUCCUUUUUAUCUUUUUUCCCUGUCACUGAUCAUCCAUGACUACAGAGAACUGCAGCAGGGACCAGGAGUCUUUUUUUUAAACUGCCAAUCAUGUUCCUCUGCUUAUAGACUUGCACUGUAUUUUUGUGGAGCAAAUCCUCCCUCACUCCCCUUUUCAGUACAGUCUCAAAUACACAGAGCCCAACCAACCCAGAGGGAGUCGACGGUUUUGUCGUGUUGAUUUGAGUUGGAGUUUUGUUUUUAUUUUGGCAGGACAUGGUCAAAGUGUACCACACAUUUGUUCACAUGGGUUGUUUAGGUUCUUUGUAACCCAGUUAAUCCUGCUGUUUCAAAAUCAAAUGGCUACUGUGACUUUCUUUGAAGUGUAAUUCUAACUUUCUUUUACCUGUUUUAAUGUUUUUGAUUGGCACUUGACAUGUUCAUUUGAUGGAAGAAAGUUUGUUAAUUUGCAUCUUUCAAGAAGCAUUUCUUUUCCACCUAUUUAGCAGAAUCAUUAAAACAAGAGCCUUUCAGCACACUGA